AUGGGUGACUCGAUUCGCUUCAUGAUUAAUAAUGGAGCGGAUGUCAACAAGCUGCUGGCCGGAAAGCACGCCAGUGCCCUGAUGGUGGCGAUAUAUGCAGAAGAAGAAGACAAUAUCGCAGCCUUGCUGGAAGGAGGUGCAAAUCCCAACCUGCCGCUGACGGGUGAGAUGGCGCUAUACGGUAGUCCUCUCACCAUGGCUACGCUAUCUGGGAGAACUCAGGUCAUGCGAAGAGUGAUUGAAGCUGGAGCGGACGUGAAUUCCAGCCCCGUUGGAAAGUAUGGAAGCGCGUUGAUUGCUGCGGCUUACAUCGGAGAAAAGGACUGCGUUGAAUGCCUGAUUGAUGCCGGAGCGAAUGUCAAUCUCCAAGUCGAGAACGCACCCUUUGCCUCCGCUCUGCAAGCUGCAAAGACGCCGAUGUUGCGAGAGGACUAUGUCGUGAUCCGCGGUAAAGAUGACAAAGAAUACAUAGAGGCUUGUUUAGAGACUCUACCGGAGAAAAAGGCUGAGGUGGUACGUUUACUUGAGCAGGACGAGGCAACGGCUUGA